GAAGUCCUCACCUGAGAACCGAGUCCCGGGGAACAGCGGCCGAAACGGGGGUGAGAGAUGGCUUCCAACAGGACGUCCCAUCUGCCUCCUGCGGACCUUGUAAGCGUUCACCUUCCGCCCCUAACCCUCCCGGCACACCCUCUAAGCUCUACAGGCAAGAAGCUGAUGAAGUACAAGAGAAGCAGAGAGCAGCAGAAGACCCUCAAUGAGAUCAUAAUGAAGGAGGCGAUAAAGGCUUACGAACAAACUGUAGCAGAGCAAAAAAGGAGAGUCCCCACCCCUCCUGAGCCCCAAUUACCAUCGACGAUGAACAGCGAGCAGAGAAAACUGAGGAUGAAUUAUCUGUACAUGAAAAAAUGUGUGGAGAGCAGCCCCGUGGUGCCCAUUCAGAUGCACUGGCUAGACUCCAUGCUCGCUUUGGUUCCUCAGCCUCUUCAGAAGGGCAAGGACAGGGAGGCCAUGGUUGCAGAACUGCUGGAGGAAGUUUCUCAAGAUUUUGAGAAAAGUAUGAAGAAACACCUGGUUAGAAGUAUUCUGGUUAAACCAGAGGUUAAGGGACUGGAAGCAGAAGAGUCUGGUCUAUCACCUGAAUUUCCUAUAGGUCUGGAUUUCUCUAAGCCUUGGCAUCAAAGCUUCAUCCAAGCAAGAAAUGAGAUCAAUAAAAACCUACAUCUCGUGCAGCCGGCCAUCCGGGCCAUGCUGGACUUCGGAUACAUGACUUUCUCUAAGCUGCUCAUUGUCGAUUUGUCUGGAUACAGGUCACAGGGUCCUGUAGAAUGUGAAUCACUGAGGAACAGCGUAUCGUUGGCAUGUGCAAAGACAGAAGAGAAAUUGCUGAACACCUGGUACCCCCGAGUCAUCAAUCUGUUCGCCGGUAAAGACGCCUUGCAGUCAAUUAAGGCAGACAAAAUCGAUUCCUUUUACAGCUGUGUCUCAACUCUCAUGUCCAACCAGGUUAAAGACCUCUUGCAGAGAAGUGUAGAAGCUUUUGUCAGUUUAUUUGACCUCGAAGACACACAAUGUUUGCCUCUCUUUAAAAUGCAACUUACAUUUGAUGACGAGAAGAUGGAUUUCUAUCCAAGCUUCCAGGACUUAGAAGAAGUUGUACUGUUUAUAGUAACGCGGAUCUCAAAGACCCUGCAGAACAUUCAGACAGUUCAGUCGUGGCUUUCUGGGAGUAAUACGGUCCAGAUUAUUGAGGCCAAACUCCCUGAUUAUAUCAUUCAGUCUGCCGUGCUGAAGCUGAAAGAGGCGGUCACACACCAUUUACAGGAGCCUUUAAGACAUUUUGAAACCUACGUUGACAGUUUCAGCUGGCUCGUGAACGGUUCGGCCGAUGAGAAAGUAGAGACCUUUUUGUCCGAAGAACACAGUUUUGAUGAAUACACAGGGUUUAUAGAACAAUUUCACACCCUGGCCAGAGAUAUUAUGGGACUACCCACUCGUGCAUACUUCACCAUGGUCCUGCUUGACUGCGAUGAUCUUAAGCAAGGCCUGGCUGACAAAGCUAAAAGUUUUGCAAAUAUAUUAUUGGAUAGACUGGUGACAAACCACAGACUGGAGAACGAGGAAAUCUGCGUGGAAUUUGAGAAAAUUAAGGAGCAAGCCUUAAAGGUCCCUGAAACCACUGAAGACGUUAUAGAGGAGAUUACCUUUGUUGAGCAGGCGAAGAGUAAAAGCAUUGUGGAGCUGAAGUCCCGAAUUACUGAGUGUCAGCGGAGAAUGAAUUAUCUUCUAGACGUUCAUUUAUUUUUACCUGAAGAUAUUGUCCUGAACUCAACAGUGUUACUCUGGCCGAAAAAUAUUAACCCAGUGUUUGAUGAAAAUGACCAGUUGAUUGAAAAGGCUAAGCGUAAAGCAGAGAGCGAGCUACUGGGGAAAAGAGAGAAGCUUAUGCUGGAACUGGAGAAAUUGUCACGUCGGAUGGAAGAAUUUGCAGAGUGCUCUGAACUGGAUAUGAUGCAGCAGUACGUGACAGAUGUGCGGACUGUACAAAAGCGUAUAGCAGACGCAGAGGAGGUGAUCACUUAUAUCAACAAAGAGGAAGCACUCUAUAAAUGGGACCCAACCACAUAUCCUGAGCUGGAUUCCUUAAAACUCAACAUUGAACCUUACCAGAAACUUUUCGCACUGAUUUAUAAAUGGCAGAAAACUGAAAAAAAGUGGAUUGAUGGUGCCUUCCUUGACCUGAAUGGAGAAAGCAUGGAAGCAGAGGUGGAUGAGUUUUUCAGAGAGGUCUACAAGACGAUGAAAUUGUUUCAGCAGAAGCAGAAGAAAUCAGAAGAUGAGAAGAAAAAGGCUGUCCGUCAGCGAACACUCACUGAAGACAAGGAUAAGGUAGAAGAGGAGAAAAAGGAAAGCCGCAUAGUCAUCAUGUGUUCUGCUAUCAUUGAUCAGAUCAAGGCUUUUAAGGAAUAUAUCCCUCUGGUGAGCAUCCUGUGUAACCCUGGAGUCAGAACCCGCCAUUGGCUUCAGAUGUCUGAGACAGUCGGCUAUGACCUCACUCCAGAUUCAGGCACCACCCUGAGGAAGGUUUUGAAGCAGAACUUGACGCCAUACUUAGAGGAAUUUGAACAGAUCAGUGCUGCAGCCAGUAAGGAGUUUUCCCUGGAGAAAGCAAUGCAUACUAUGGAAGAAAUGUGGGACUCCAUAUCCUUUCAUUUGAGCCCCUAUCGAGAAUCAGGGGUUUCUAUUCUAUCAGCAGUGGAUGAAGUCCAAACCAUUCUGGAUGACCAAAUCGUGAAGACUCAGACAAUGAGAGGAUCGCCUUUCAUCAAGCCCUUUGAGAAAGAAAUUAAGCAUUGGGAGGAACAACUUAUACGGGUCCAAGAAACCAUUGAUGAAUGGUUGAAGGUACAGGCUCAGUGGCUAUAUCUAGACCCCAUAUUCUCCUCUGAGGACAUCAUGCAGCAAAUGCCUGAAGAAGGAAGGUUAUUCCAAACUGUGGACAGAAACUGGAAAGAGAUCAUGAAACAUUGUGCAAAGGACCCAAAGGUUCUAAGUGCAACCGCUCUGACUGGACUUUUGGAAAAGCUGCAGGACAGCAAUGUACUUCUGGAUAAAAUCAUGAAAGGACUGAAUGCUUAUCUGGAGAAGAAGAGGCUUUUCUUUCCGCGCUUUUUCUUCUUAUCCAAUGAUGAAAUGCUGGAGAUUCUGUCUGAGACCAAAGAUCCUCUCCGGGUCCAGCCGCAUUUAAAGAAGUGUUUUGAAGGGAUUGCAAAGCUGGAGUUCCUUCCUAACCUGGAUAUCAAAGCCAUGUACAGCACUGAGGGGGAACGAGUAGAGCUCAUCCAGACGAUCUCCACCUCUGAGGCACGAGGAGCAGUGGAGAAGUGGCUCAUCCAAGUGGAAGAUGUCAUGUUAAGGAGCGUGCACGAUGUUAUCGCCCGGUCAAGAAUGGCAUAUCCAGAGACUGCAAGAAAAGACUGGGUGAGAGAAUGGCCUGGGCAGGUUGUGCUCUGUGCCUCUCAGAUGUUCUGGACAAGUGAAGUGCAUGAAGCUAUUAGCAGUGGCCCAGAGGGCUUAAAAAACUACUAUGAGAAGCUGCAGCAUCAACUAAAUGACAUUGUUGAACUUGUAAGAGGCAAAUUGUCCAAGCAGACACGUACCACCUUGGGAGCUCUUGUCACCAUAGACGUGCACGCCCGUGAUGUGGUUAUGGAAAUGAUAGAAACAGGGGUCUCGCAUGAAACAGACUUCCAGUGGCUUGCCCAACUGCGGUAUUACUGGGAGAACGAGAAUGCGAGAGUGCGAAUCAUUAACUGCAAUGUGAAGUAUGCCUAUGAGUACCUGGGCAACUCUCCACGCCUGGUCAUUACUCCUCUCACUGACCGAUGUUAUCGGACCCUGAUUGGUGCCUUUUAUCUAAAUCUGGGUGGAGCUCCAGAAGGUCCAGCUGGUACAGGAAAAACGGAGACAACCAAAGAUUUGGCCAAAGCCCUGGCCGUGCAGUGUGUGGUCUUCAACUGCUCAGAUGGCUUAGACUACAUAGCAAUGUCAAAGUUUUUCAAAGGACUGGCAUCGUCAGGAGCAUGGGCAUGUUUUGAUGAGUUUAACCGUAUUGAGCUAGAGGUAUUGUCCGUAGUGGCUCAGCAGAUUCUCUGCAUCCAGAGAGCCAUUCAGACAAAGAUGGACAUCUUCAACUUUGAAGGAACAGAACUGAAGCUCAACCCAAAUUGCUUUGUAGCCAUUACCAUGAAUCCUGGCUAUGCCGGACGUUCUGAGCUGCCAGAUAACCUCAAGGUUCUUUUCCGUACUGUCGCCAUGAUGGUUCCCAACUAUGCCCUGAUUGCUGAGAUCUCCCUUUAUUCUUAUGGGUUUCUACAUGCUAAACCUCUGUCGGUGAAGAUAGUAAUGACUUACCGGCUCUGCUCUGAACAGCUCUCAUCUCAGUUCCAUUAUGAUUAUGGGAUGCGUGCAGUAAAAGCGGUGCUGGUAGCUGCCGGAAAUCUGAAGUUAAAGUUUCCUGAUGAGAACGAAGAUAUUCUUCUUUUGCGGUCAAUUAAGGAUGUAAACGAGCCCAAAUUUUUGUCCCAUGAUAUUCCUCUGUUUAAUGGGAUUACGAGUGACCUGUUCCCUGGCAUUCAGCUUCCAGAAGCCGACUAUAAGGAUUUACUCAAAUGUGCCCAUGAGAUCUGUGCCAGGCACAACAUCCAACCUGAGAAGGUCUUCCUGGAGAAAAUGAUCCAGACGUAUGAAAUGAUGAUCGUGAGACAUGGUUUUAUGCUGGUCGGAGAGCCGUUCUCAGGAAAAACGAAGGUCCUCCACGUCCUCGCUGAUACGCUAUCUCUUAUGAAUGAGCGAGGGUGCGAAGAAGAAAAAGUUAUAUACAGGACAGUGAAUCCCAAGGCCAUCACUAUGGGACAGCUGUUUGGUCAGUUUGAUCCAGUGUCACACGAGUGGACUGAUGGAAUAGUCGCAAAUACAUUUCGUGAGUUUGCAUUAUCUGAGACCCCGGAAAGAAAAUGGGUUAUUUUUGAUGGGCCUAUUGAUACUCUAUGGAUAGAAAGUAUGAACACAGUGCUGGAUGAUAACAAGAAGCUCUGCUUGAUGAGUGGGGAGAUCAUUCAGAUGUCACCUCAGAUGAGCCUGAUAUUUGAGACAAUGGACCUGUCCCAGGCUUCGCCUGCCACUGUGAGCCGCUGUGGUAUGAUUUAUCUGGAACCCCAACAAUUGGGUUGGGCUCCACUGGUGAAGUCUUGGCUCAGCACCCUUCCUGAUGCAUUGAAGACUAAAGAACUCCUCACUCUUCUAGAGGAACUCUUCAAGUGGCUCGUCCAACCUUCACUCAGAUUCCUCAGGAAACAGUGCAAGGAACUGGUGACAACCAGCAAUGGCAAUGUAGUAGUAUCGCUCACAAGAUUACUAGAGAUGCUGAUUUUUGAUGCGGUGAGAGAAGAUCCCACUAAUAAGAGCAUUCGUAUCUGGAUCAUGGCCUGUUUUGCUUUCUCCUUGGUUUGGUCCAUUGGUGGCUGCUGUGACACCGACAGUCAAGUCAAGUUUGAUGCUUUUUUGAAAGCACUUGUGUCAGGAAAAAAUGAUCAGAACCCUGUUCCAGCAUCCGUGGGGAAAUGGGAAUGUCCAUUUGAUGAUAAAGGCCUGGUCUAUGACUAUAUGUAUGAGCUUAAAGGACGCGGGCGCUGGGUUCACUGGAAUGAAUUUAUCAAAGGCACAGCCAUGUGGGACAAAAACACCAAAAUCCAAGAUAUCAUUGUGCCAACUAUGGACACUGUCAGAUACACCUUCCUCAUGGAUAUGUGUAUCAAAUACACCAUCCCACUGUUAUUUGUGGGACCAACAGGGACAGGUAAAUCUGUUUAUGUCAAAGACAAACUCAUGAACAAUCUGGACAAAGAUAAAUUCUUUCCCUUCUUCAUAAACUUUUCUGCUCGAACGAGUGCCAAUCAGACUCAGAACAUUGUCAUGGACAGACUGGAUAAAAGACGCAAAGGUGUUUACGGCCCUCAGAUGGGGAAGAAAUGCAUCAUAUUUGUGGAUGAUAUGAACAUGCCCGCAUUAGAGAAAUAUGGUGCUCAGCCACCUAUCGAGCUGCUGCGUCAGUUCUUUGACCAUGGGAACUGGUACGACUUGAAGGACACCUCCAAAAUCUCACUCGUAGAUGUACAGCUGAUUGCCGCGAUGGGUCCUCCUGGUGGUGGAAGAAACGCAGUUACUCCUCGAUUCUUGCGUCAUUUUAAUAUCUGCACCAUAAAUGCUUUCAGCGAUGAGACUAUGGUCCGAAUCUUCUCCGCUGUAGUCGCCUUUUAUCUACGAAACAAUGAGUUUCCACCAGAAUUCUUUACUGUGGGGAACCAAAUAGUCAAUGGCACAAUGGAGGUUUACAAGAAAGCCAUGGAGAACCUGUUACCCACACCUGCCAAAUCCCAUUAUACAUUUAAUCUGCGGGAUUUUUCCCGAGUGGUGCAAGGCUGCUUACUUAUCAAGAAACAGUCUGUGGAAAAUAAACGCGUCAUGGUGCGACUGUUUGUUCAUGAGGUCUUGCGAGUGUUUUAUGACCGCUUAGUUGACGAAAAGGACAGAACCUGGCUGUACAAGUUAUUAAAUGAUGUGGUGAAAGAGCAUUUCAAAGAAAAUUUUGACUCUGUUUUUGAGAACUUAAGACAAGGAAACGAACCUCUCUCAGAAGAAGACAUUAGAAACUUGCUGUUUGGUGACUACAUGAAUCCUGACCUUGAAGGAGAUGAACGUCUAUACGAAGAGAUACCAAGCGUCCAGCAGUUCAAUGAUGUUGUGGAGAGAUGUCUGGAUGAAUACAAUCAGACCCACAAAACUCGCAUGAAUCUGGUUAUAUUCAGAUAUGUUUUAGAACAUUUAUCUCGGAUUUGUCGAAUCCUGAAGCAGCCCGGGGGUAAUGCCUUAUUGGUCGGAGUUGGAGGCAGCGGACGUCAAUCGCUGACCCGUUUGGCUACUUCUAUGGCAAAAAUGAAUAUCUUUCAACCAGAAAUUUCAAAAAGCUAUGGUAUGAACGAGUGGAGGGAGGACCUGAAGAGCCUGCUGAAGAGCGCAGGAGUGAAAGGACAGAAGACCAUUUUUCUCAUCACAGACACGCAAAUCAAACAGGAGGCAUUUCUGGAGGAUGUGGACAGUCUGCUUAACACCGGGGAGGUUCCUAAUAUUUUCGCUGUAGAUGAAAAGCAGGAAAUAAUGGAGGGAGUCCGUCCAGCCGCCCAAGCUGGGAAUAAAAAUGUGGAGCUCAGCCCAUUGGCUCUCUUUGCCUUCUUUGUGAACCGUUGUAAGGAAAACCUUCACAUUGUGGUGGCUUUCAGCCCAAUCGGCGAUGCAUUUCGUAACCGCCUGCGCCAGUUCCCAUCACUUAUCAACUGCUGUACUAUUGACUGGUUCCAGCCAUGGCCUGAGGAUGCCCUCGAGAGGGUGGCAGUAAAGUUUUUGGAAACCCUUGAACUUACUAGUACUGAGCACGAGGAAGUAGUUCCCAUCUGUAAAUACUUUCACACGUCCGCCAUCGCGUUGUCAGAGAAGUUUUUGGGAGAGUUGGGUAGACACAAUUAUGUCACCCCAACUUCUUAUCUAGAACUGAUCGCAGCUUUCCGUCAUCUGUUAUCUCAGAAGCGGGACACAGUGAUGAAAGCAAAAAAGAGAUAUACCAAUGGAUUAGAUAAGCUGGCAUUCGCUGAAUCUCAGGUUGGAGAAAUGAAGAAAGAACUGGUCGACCUACAGCCAAAACUGGAAGAGGCCAAAGUUGAAAAUGCAAACAUGAUAAAGAUCAUUGAAAAAGAGUCCGCAGAGGUGGAAGCAAAAAGUAAAGUGGUCCGAGCAGAUGAAGAAGUGGCCACCCAAAAAGCUACUGAGGCACAAGCUCUGAAGAAUGAAUGUGAAAGUGAACUGGCAGAGGCCAUCCCUGCCCUGGAGGCUGCCAUGUCUGCCUUGGACACUCUGAAGCCAUCGGACAUCACCAUUGUAAAAACCAUGAAGAAUCCACCUUCGGGCGUGAAGCUUGUCAUGGCCGCCAUUUGCGUCAUGAAAGAAAUCAAACCAGAGAGGAUAAAUGACCCGGCGGGUACCGGACAGAAGAUACUUGAUUACUGGGGACCUAGUAAAAAACUAUUGGGAGACAUGAACUUUCUCAAAGACCUGCGGGAAUACGACAAGGAUAAUAUUCCGGUUUCAGUGAUGCAGAAGAUCCGCAGCGAAUAUAUCACCAAUCCUGACUUUGAUCCGGCCAAAGUGCUAAAAGCGUCAUCUGCGGCAGAAGGAUUAUGCCGAUGGAUUCUCGCUAUGGAAGUCUAUGACAGAGUUGGCAAAGGUAUUGAGAGAGGUCAUGACUGAUACGUUGUUGCACCCAAGAAAGCUUGUCUAGCAGAAGCCCAGCAGUCAUUGGCCGAAACGAUGGCAGUACUGAACCAGAAGAGGGCAGAGCUGAAAGAAGUGGAAGAUCGACUAGAUGCCCUGCAGAAAACAUUUCGAGAAAAAACUGAAGAGAAAGUUCGUCUGGAGUUCCAAGUAGAUUUGUGCGCUAAGAAACUGGAACGAGCAGAGAAGCUGAUAGGAGGACUUGGUGGAGAAAAACACAGAUGGUCCAGUGCUGCUGAUUCACUUCAGAACAUGUAUGAUAAUUUGACCGGAGACGUCCUUGUAUCUGCUGGCGUCAUCGCCUAUCUGGGGGCCUUCACUGCUGGAUUUCGACAAGAAUGUACCAGAGAAUGGAGCAAGCUGUGCAAGAGUAAAAUGAUUCCGUGCUCGGAGGACUUUUCAUUGAGUAAGACUCUUGGUGAUCCAAUUAAAAUCAGAGCCUGGAAUAUUGCCGGUUUGCCGACGGACUGCUUCUCCAUAGAUAAUGGUGUCAUUGUGAGCAACUCAAGACGUUGGCCCUUAAUGAUAGACCCUCAGGGCCAAGCUAACAAGUGGAUUAAGAAUUCAGAGAGAGACAACCAACUGAGCGUCAUCAAAUUAACAGAUUCAGAUUAUAUGCGAACUCUGGAAAACUGCAUACAGUUCGGGACGCCACUUUUAUUGGAAAACGUAGGGGAAGAUUUGGACCCAUCGCUGGAACCUUUACUAUUGAAGCAAACAUUUAAACAAGGAGGCAUGGACUGCAUCAGACUUGGAGAAACAGUCAUUGAAUAUUCCUGUGACUUCAGAUUUUAUAUCACCACCAAACUCAGAAAUCCACAUUAUCUGCCGGAGUUGGCAACAAAAGUGUCACUGCUAAACUUUAUGAUCACUCCCGAGGGUCUAGAAGAUCAGUUACUCGGCAUUGUUGUAGCAAAAGAGAGGCCUGAGUUAGAAGAAGAGAGAAAUGCCUUAAUUUUACAAUCGGCAGCCAAUAAAAAACAGCUGAAGGAGAUUGAAGACAAAAUUUUGGAGACUUUACAAUCUUCGGAAGGGAACAUCUUGGAAGAUGAGAGUGCCAUUAAGAUCUUAGAUUCAGCCAAGAUCAUGAGCAAUGAGAUUACCAAAAAACAGCAGAUUGCAGAGAAAACUGCUAAAAUAGCAGAGUCCAGAGAAGGUUACAGGCCCAUCGCUAAACAUUCAUCCGUGCUGUUCUUCAGUAUUGCCGACCUUGCCAACAUUGACCCAAUGUACCAGUAUGCGCUCAACUGGUUUGUCAAUCUCUAUAUCAACUCAAUUCAAGACAGCAACAAAUCGAAAAUCUUAGAAAAACGUCUACGUUACCUGAAUGACCACUUCACCUAUAACUUAUACUGCAAUGUGUGCCGCUCGCUGUUUGAGAAGGACAAGCUUUUGUUCUCCUUCUUGCUCUGCUGCAACCUCCUCAUGGCAAGGAAGGAGAUUGAAUACCAAGAAUUUAUGUUCUUACUUACCGGUGGUGUGGGCCUACAAAAUAAUAUUGCAAACCCGGCCCCGGGCUGGCUACCGGAUAAAAGUUGGGAUGAGAUUUGCCGUGCAAGCGAUUUACCUGCUUUUAAGGGAUUGAGAGAACAUUGCAUUGAAAAUCCCAAUGUGUGGCACACGUUGUAUGACAGCAGAGAACCGCACAAUGUUCCCUUACCUAACCCAUUUAAUGAGAAGCUGAACGAGCUUCAGAAGAUGAUUAUCCUGAGGUGCCUGAGACCAGACAAGAUGAGCCCGGCCGUGACCAACUAUGUGACUGACAAACUUGGAAAGAAAUUUGUUGAGCCGCCUCCAUUUGAUUUGUCAAAAAGCUAUUUAGAUUCUAAUUCUACGAUCCCACUCAUCUUCGUCUUAUCUCCUGGAGCCGAUCCUAUGGCAAGUUUGCUAAAAUUUGCCAAUGACAAAAAUAUGGGAGGGGGCGACAAGUUCCAAGCCAUCUCCCUAGGACAGGGACAGGGGCCGGUAGCUGCAAAAAUGAUAAAAGAGGGAGCAGCAAACGGGACGUGGGUUUGUCUGCAGAAUUGUCACCUGGCUGUGUCCUGGAUGCCAACGCUGGAGAAGAUUUGUGAGGAGUUCACCAGUGACAACUGUCACCCAGAUUUCAGGCUGUGGUUAACUAGUUAUCCUUCACCCAAGUUUCCGGUGAGCAUUCUCCAGAAUGGUGUGAAGAUGACAAACGAGCCACCAACGGGACUGAGACUCAAUCUGCUGCAGUCGUAUCUCACGGACCCGAUCUCUGACCCACAAUUCUUCAAUGGAUGCGCAGGGAAAGAGCAAGUAUGGGAGAAGCUACUUUUUGGGGUGUGUUUCUUCCAUGCUUUGGUUCAGGAAAGAAAGAAGUUUGGUCCUCUGGGAUGGAACAUUCCUUAUGGAUUUAAUGAGUCUGAUUUGAGAAUUAGUAUUCGGCAACUGCAGCUCUUUGUGAAUGACUAUGAACAUGUACCAUUUGAGGCCAUCUCAUACCUAACCGGAGAGUGUAACUAUGGAGGUCGCGUGACAGAUGACUGGGACCGGCGCCUCCUACUGACCACUCUGGCAGAUUUUUAUAAUAAUGACAUCAUUGAAAAUCCCCGUUAUCCCUUCUCUCCGAGUGGGAACUACCUAGUCCCACCUAAAGGCACUUAUGAGGAUUACAUUGAAUUCAUCAAGAGACUCCCUUUCAGUCAGCAUCCGGAGGUUUUUGGAUUACAUGAAAAUGUUGACAUAUCAAAGGAUCUGCAGCAAACGAAAACCAUUUUUGAAUCCCUGCUUCUGACUCAGGGGGGAGGUCGCCAAGGAGGCUCAUCCGGGGCCAGUGAUCACACGCUGUAUGAAAUAGCUAAUGAUAUACUCAGCAAGCUACCUAAGGAUUUUGACAUUGAGGUGGCCCUGCAGAAGUUCCCAGUGCGAUAUGAAGAGAGUAUGAACACAGUGCUCGUGCAAGAGAUGGAGAGGUUUAACAACUUAAUCCGUUCUAUAAGGACAACUCUACAAAGCCUUCAGAAAGCCAUCAAGGGACUUGUUGUUAUGGACUCGGAGCUGGAGGCCCUGUCUGGAAGUUUGAUCGUAGGGAAAGUUCCUGAAACAUGGGCAAAGCGAUCUUAUCCUAGUUUAAAACCUCUAGGAAGUUACGUCAUUGAUUUCCUGUCCCGGCUUAAAUUCCUACAGACUUGGUUUGACUUUGGAAAGCCUCACGUCUUCUGGCUGUCCGGAUUCUUCUUCACACAAGCAUUUUUGACUGGUGCCAUGCAGAAUUAUGCCAGGAAAUACAGAAUCCCUAUUGAUUUAGGUUAUGAAUUUCAGGUGAGUAACACCAGUCUGCACGAUACUGAUGACCAUCCGUUUAGAUCGGGGUGCACAAGCUUUUCUGGUUGGGGGACACAAUGUCAGACUGAGGGAAUCCCAAGGCUCUGCUUGAUGAGUGGGGAGAUCAUUCAGAUGUCACCUCAGAUGAGCCUGAUAUUUGAGACAAUGGACCUGUCCCAGGCUUCGCCUGCCACUGUGAGCCGCUGUGGUAUGAUUUAUCUGGAACCCCAACAAUUGGGUUGGGCUCCACUGGUGAAGUCUUGGCUCAGCACCCUUCCUGAUGCAUUGAAGACUAAAGAACUCCUCACUCUUCUAGAGGAACUCUUCAAGUGGCUCGUCCAACCUUCACUCAGAUUCCUCAGGAAACAGUGCAAGGAACUGGUGACAACCAGCAAUGGCAAUGUAGUAGUAUCGCUCACAAGAUUACUAGAGAUGCUGAUUUUUGAUGCGGUGAGAGAAGAUCCCACUAAUAAGAGCAUUCGUAUCUGGAUCAUGGCCUGUUUUGCUUUCUCCUUGGUUUGGUCCAUUGGUGGCUGCUGUGACACCGACAGUCAAGUCAAGUUUGAUGCUUUUUUGAAAGCACUUGUGUCAGGAAAAAAUGAUCAGAACCCUGUUCCAGCAUCCGUGGGGAAAUGGGAAUGUCCAUUUGAUGAUAAAGGCCUGGUCUAUGAUAUAUGUAUGAGGUAAAGUCUUAAAGGACGCGGGCGCUGGGUUCACUGGAAUGAAUUUAUCAAAGGCACAGCCAUGUGGGACAAAAACACCAAAAUCCAAGAUAUCAUUGUGCCAACUAUGGACACUGUCAGAUACACCUUCCUCAUGGAUAUGUGUAUCAAAUACACCAUCCCACUGUUAUUUGUGGGACCAACAGGGACAGGUAAAUCUGUUUAUGUCAAAGACAAACUCAUGAACAAUCUGGACAAAGAUAAAUUCUUUCCCUUCUUCAUAAACUUUUCUGCUCGAACGAGUGCCAAUCAGACUCAGAACAUUGUCAUGGACAGACUGGAUAAAAGACGCAAAGGUGUUUACGGCCCUCAGAUGGGGAAGAAAUGCAUCAUAUUUGUGGAUGAUAUGAACAUGCCCGCAUUAGAGAAAUAUGGUGCUCAGCCACCUAUCGAGCUGCUGCGUCAGUUCUUUGACCAUGGGAACUGGUACGACUUGAAGGACACCUCCAAAAUCUCACUCGUAGAUGUACAGCUGAUUGCCGCGAUGGGUCCUCCUGGUGGUGGAAGAAACGCAGUUACUCCUCGAUUCUUGCGUCAUUUUAAUAUCUGCACCAUAAAUGCUUUCAGCGAUGAGACUAUGGUCCGAAUCUUCUCCGCUGUAGUCGCCUUUUAUCUACGAAACAAUGAGUUUCCACCAGAAUUCUUUACUGUGGGGAACCAAAUAGUCAAUGGCACAAUGGAGGUUUACAAGAAAGCCAUGGAGAACCUGUUACCCACACCUGCCAAAUCCCAUUAUACAUUUAAUCUGCGGGAUUUUUCCCGAGUGGUGCAAGGCUGCUUACUUAUCAAGAAACAGUCUGUGGAAAAUAAACGCGUCAUGGUGCGACUGUUUGUUCAUGAGGUCUUGCGAGUGUUUUAUGACCGCUUAGUUGACGAAAAGGACAGAACCUGGCUGUACAAGUUAUUAAAUGAUGUGGUGAAAGAGCAUUUCAAAGAAAAUUUUGACUCUGUUUUUGAGAACUUAAGACAAGGAAACGAACCUCUCUCAGAAGAAGACAUUAGAAACUUGCUGUUUGGUGACUACAUGAAUCCUGACCUUGAAGGAGAUGAACGUCUAUACGAAGAGAUACCAAGCGUCCAGCAGUUCAAUGAUGUUGUGGAGAGAUGUCUGGAUGAAUACAAUCAGACCCACAAAACUCGCAUGAAUCUGGUUAUAUUCAGAUAUGUUUUAGAACAUUUAUCUCGGAUUUGUCGAAUCCUGAAGCAGCCCGGGGGUAAUGCCUUAUUGGUCGGAGUUGGAGGCAGCGGACGUCAAUCGCUGACCCGUUUGGCUACUUCUAUGGCAAAAAUGAAUAUCUUUCAACCAGAAAUUUCAAAAAGCUAUGGUAUGAACGAGUGGAGGGAGGACCUGAAGAGCCUGCUGAAGAGCGCAGGAGUGAAAGGACAGAAGACCAUUUUUCUCAUCACAGACACGCAAAUCAAACAGGAGGCAUUUCUGGAGGAUGUGGACAGUCUGCUUAACACCGGGGAGGUUCCUAAUAUUUUCGCUGUAGAUGAAAAGCAGGAAAUAAUGGAGGGAGUCCGUCCAGCCGCCCAAGCUGGGAAUAAAAAUGUGGAGCUCAGCCCAUUGGCUCUCUUUGCCUUCUUUGUGAACCGUUGUAAGGAAAACCUUCACAUUGUGGUGGCUUUCAGCCCAAUCGGCGAUGCAUUUCGUAACCGCCUGCGCCAGUUCCCAUCACUUAUCAACUGCUGUACUAUUGACUGGUUCCAGCCAUGGCCUGAGGAUGCCCUCGAGAGGGUGGCAGUAAAGUUUUUGGAAACCCUUGAACUUACUAGUACUGAGCACGAGGAAGUAGUUCCCAUCUGUAAAUACUUUCACACGUCCGCCAUCGCGUUGUCAGAGAAGUUUUUGGGAGAGUUGGGUAGACACAAUUAUGUCACCCCAACUUCUUAUCUAGAACUGAUCGCAGCUUUCCGUCAUCUGUUAUCUCAGAAGCGGGACACAGUGAUGAGCAAAAAGAGAUAUACCAAUGGAUUAGAUAAGCUGGCAUUCGCUGAAUCUCAGGUUGGAGAAAUGAAGAAAGAACUGGUCGACCUACAGCCAAAACUGGAAGAGGCCAAAGUUGAAAAUGCAAACAUGAUAAAGAUCAUUGAAAAAGAGUCCGCAGAGGUGGAAGCAAAAAGUAAAGUGGUCCGAGCAGAUGAAGAAGUGGCCACCCAAAAAGCUACUGAGGCACAAGCUCUGAAGAAUGAAUGUGAAAGUGAACUGGCAGAGGCCAUCCCUGCCCUGGAGGCUGCCAUGUCUGCCUUGGACACUCUGAAGCCAUCGGACAUCACCAUUGUAAAAACCAUGAAGAAUCCACCUUCGGGCGUGAAGCUUGUCAUGGCCGCCAUUUGCGUCAUGAAAGAAAUCAAACCAGAGAGGAUAAAUGACCCGGCGGGUACCGGACAGAAGAUACUUGAUUACUGGGGACCUAAAAAACUAUUGGGAGACAUGAACUUUCUCAAAGACCUGCGGGAAUACGACAAGGAUAAUAUUCCGGUUUCAGUGAUGCAGAAGAUCCGCAGCGAAUAUAUCACCAAUCCUGACUUUGAUCCGGCCAAAGUGCUAAAAGCGUCAUCUGCGGCAGAAGGAUUAUGCCGAUGGAUUCUCGCUAUGGAAGUCUAUGACAGAGUUGCAAAGGUUGUUGCACCCAAGAAAGCUUGUCUAGCAGAAGCCCAGCAGUCAUUGGCCGAAACGAUGGCAGUACUGAACCAGAAGAGGGCAGAGCUGAAAGAAGUGGAAGAUCGACUAGAUGCCCUGCAGAAAACAUUUCGAGAAAAAACUGAAGAGAAAGUUCGUCUGGAGUUCCAAGUAGAUUUGUGCGCUAAGAAACUGGAACGAGCAGAGAAGCUGAUAGGAGGACUUGGUGGAGAAAAACACAGAUGGUCCAGUGCUGCUGAUUCACUUCAGAACAUGUAUGAUAAUUUGACCGGAGACGUCCUUGUAUCUGCUGGCGUCAUUGCCUAUCUGGGGGCCUUCACUGCUGGAUUUCGACAAGAAUGUACCAGAGAAUGGAGCAAGCUGUGCAAGAGUAAAAUGAUUCCGUGCCGGAGGACUUUUCACAUUGAGUAAGACCUCUUGGUGAUCCAAUUAACAAUCAGAGCCUGGAAUAUUGCCGGUUUGCCGACGGACUGCUUCUCCAUAGAUGGUGUCAUUGUGAGCAACUCACGACGUUGGCCCGUAAUGAUAGACCCCAGGGGCCAAGCUAACAAGUGGAUUAUUCAGAGAGAGACACCACUGAGCGUCAUCAAAUUAACAGAUUCAGAUUAUAUGCGAACUCUGGAAAACUGCAUACAGUUCGGGACGCCACUUUUUGAAAACGUAUGGGAAGAUUUGGACCCAUCGCUGGAACCUUUACUAUUGAAGCAAACAUUUAAACAAGGAGGCAUGGACUGCAUCAGACUUGGAGAAACAGUCAUUGAAUAUUCCUGUGACUUCAGAUUUUAUAUCACCACAAAACUCAGAAAUCCACAUUAUCUGCCGGAGUUGGCAACAAAAGUGUCACUGCUAAACUUUAUGAUCACUCCCGAGGGUCUAGAAGAUCAGUUACUCGGCAUUGUUGUAGCAAAAGAGAGGCCUGAGUUAGAAGAAGAGAGAAAUGCCUUAAUUUUACAAUCGGCAGCCAAUAAAAAACAGCUGAAGGAGAUUGAAGACAAAAUUUUGGAGAUACAAUCUUCGGAAGGGAACAUCUUGGAAGAUGAGAGUGCCAUUAAGAUCUUAGAUUCAGCCAAGAUCAUGAGCAAUGAGAUUACCAAAAAACAGCAGAUUGCAGAGAAAACUGAACUAAAAAUAGCAGAGUCCAGAGAAGGUUACAGGCCCAUCGCUAAACAUUCAUCCGUGCUGUUCUUCAGUAUUGCCGACCUUGCCAACAUUGACCCAAUGUACCAGUAUGCGCUCAACUGGUUUGUCAAUCUCUAUAUCAACUCAAUUCAAGACAGCAACAAAUCGAAAAUCUUAGAAAAACGUCUACGUUACCUGAAUGACCACUUCACCUAUAACUUAUACUGCAAUGUGUGCCGCUCGCUGUUUGAGAAGGACAAGCUUUUGUUCUCCUUCUUGCUCUGCUGCAACCUCCUCAUGGCAAGGAAGGAGAUUGAAUACCAAGAAUUUAUGUUCUUACUUACCGGUGGUGUGGGCCUACAAAAUAAUAUUGCAAACCCGGCCCCGGGCUGGCUACCGGAUAAAAGUUGGGAUGAGAUUUGCCGUGCAAGCGAUUUACCUGCUUUUAAGGGAUUGAGAGAACAUUGCAUUGAAAAUCCCAAUGUGUGGCACACGUUGUAUGACAGCAGAGAACCGCACAAUGUUCCCUUACCUAACCCAUUUAAUGAGAAGCUGAACGAGCUUCAGAAGAUGAUUAUCCUGAGGUGCCUGAGACCAGACAAGAUGAGCCCGGCCGUGACCAACUAUGUGACUGACAAACUUGGAAAGAAAUUUGUUGAGCCGCCUCCAUUUGAUUUGUCAAAAAGCUAUUUAGAUUCUAAUUCUACGAUCCCACUCAUCUUCGUCUUAUCUCCUGGAGCCGAUCCUAUGGCAAGUUUGCUAAAAUUUGCCAAUGACAAAAAUAUGGGAGGGGGCGACAAGUUCCAAGCCAUCUCCCUAGGACAGGGACAGGGGCCGGUAGCUGCAAAAAUGAUAAAAGAGGGAGCAGCAAACGGGACGUGGGUUUGUCUGCAGAAUUGUCACCUGGCUGUGUCCUGGAUGCCAACGCUGGAGAAGAUUUGUGAGGAGUUCACCAGUGACAACUGUCACCCAGAUUUCAGGCUGUGGUUAACUAGUUAUCCUUCACCCAAGUUUCCGGUGAGCAUUCUCCAGAAUGGUGUGAAGAUGACAAACGAGCCACCAACGGGACUGAGACUCAAUCUGCUGCAGUCGUAUCUCACGGACCCGAUCUCUGACCCACAAUUCUUCAAUGGAUGCGCAGGGAAAGAGCAAGUAUGGGAGAAGCUACUUUUUGGGGUGUGUUUCUUCCAUGCUUUGGUUCAGGAAAGAAAGAAGUUUGGUCCUCUGGGAUGGAACAUUCCUUAUGGAUUUAAUGAGUCUGAUUUGAGAAUUAGUAUUCGGCAACUGCAGCUCUUUGUGAAUGACUAUGAACAUGUACCAUUUGAGGCCAUCUCAUACCUAACCGGAGAGUGUAACUAUGGAGGUCGCGUGACAGAUGACUGGGACCGGCGCCUCCUACUGACCACUCUGGCAGAUUUUUAUAAUAAUGACAUCAUUGAAAAUCCCCGUUAUCCCUUCUCUCCGAGUGGGAACUACCUAGUCCCACCUAAAGGCACUUAUGAGGAUUACAUUGAAUUCAUCAAGAGACUCCCUUUCAGUCAGCAUCCGGAGGUUUUUGGAUUACAUGAAAAUGUUGACAUAUCAAAGGAUCUGCAGCAAACGAAAACCAUUUUUGAAUCCCUGCUUCUGACUCAGGGGGGAGGUCGCCAAGGAGGCUCAUCCGGGGCCAGUGAUCACACGCUGUAUGAAAUAGCUAAUGAUAUACUCAGCAAGCUACCUAAGGAUUUUGACAUUGAGGUGGCCCUGCAGAAGUUCCCAGUGCGAUAUGAAGAGAGUAUGAACACAGUGCUCGUGCAAGAGAUGGAGAGGUUUAACAACUUAAUCCGUUCUAUAAGGACAACUCUACAAAGCCUUCAGAAAGCCAUCAAGGGACUUGUUGUUAUGGACUCGGAGCUGGAGGCCCUGUCUGGAAGUUUGAUCGUAGGGAAAGUUCCUGAAACAUGGGCAAAGCGAUCUUAUCCUAGUUUAAAACCUCUAGGAAGUUACGUCAUUGAUUUCCUGUCCCGGCUUAAAUUCCUACAGACUUGGUUUGACUUUGGAAAGCCUCACGUCUUCUGGCUGUCCGGAUUCUUCUUCACACAAGCAUUUUUGACUGGUGCCAUGCAGAAUUAUGCCAGGAAAUACAGAAUCCCUAUUGAUUUGUUAGGUUAUGAAUUUCAGGUUCUGCCUGUGGACACUUCUGAGACGUCACCAGAAGAUGGCGUUUACAUUAAUGGGUUGUUCCUGGAUGGCGCUCGUUGGGACAGAAAGAGUGGAGUACUGGCAGAACAGCACCCCAAGAUCCUGUUUGACUCUGUGCCGAUUAUCUGGAUAAAACCAAAUGAAAAGACAGACAUAAAGAAGACCAGGUCCUAUGUGUGUCCGCUCUACAAGACCAGUGAGCGGAAGGGGACGCUGUCCACCACAGGACAUUCCACCAACUUUGUCAUUGCAAUGCUGCUGCCAACAGAUACUCCCGUCCAGCACUGGAUAAAGAGGGGGGUCGCUCUUCUCUGUCAGCUCGACGACUGAAGGAACCCCAAAUUUUAUUUAUUUGUAUCAGAGUGUCUGUUAAUGAUUUAGAAAGCCUCUUAAAGGGAACUUCUCACCAAAACG